GCAGUGAUCCCAAAGGAGUAAGCAGGACUCUCUUCAUUCAUUUCUUCACGACAAUCUUUCCACUCUUCCACUGGACUGUACAACAGCCAGCCCAACGGGUAACCCUGAAAACAUGGUUAGAAAGUAAAGUGUGCACGCUUCCAACCCCUUUUGGCCCUUUUGGGAUCUUCGCGUCUUCUUCCAAAACCAAGCUGGGAAGUGUGUGCAACCGGGUGGGUUCUUUUAUUAUUUUAAAAAUUGCUUCUGCGGCUGUGGAUGAAAGUACUUCUUUUCCUUUUAGCAAGAAAGGGCAGAUUGGGGGCAGAAGGGAAAAUAAACUCGCGGUCGAGAAAAGCCGACCCUCUCGAGUCUUUCUUCACUCCACCCCACCCUAAACGUCUGCAUAUUUUUUUACACCGUCUAAACUCCCUUUACCUUUUUUUUUUUUUUACAAGUUAGCGAGAAAGGCAAGACAUUCAGAGAACGAAAUGUUCCUUCUUUCCAAAGAAGCGGUGCCAAAGGCCCCAGAUUAAAACCGAGGUUGAUUCGUUAAACGUCACAGAACACAAUUCAAUCUUACGCAAGCCCUGGAGCUGGUGGGUGCGUGCAAUAGCCCUGUACUCGAACGUAAGCUUCCCGGAGGUCUUGGGACUUACUCCCGGAUUAAAGAAGCCCACGACCUCCCAGGAACCAGGGCUCUGGUGCUGACGUUGCAGAACCCGCUCUGUAAUUGCUUGCACCUUUCGGGUGAAAGCCCCCUAACACGCGUUUUGUUUCGUCUGCAAUGAAGAUCCGAAUCAUUCCCGAAGCUCAUGGCUGAGGAGAGCGAGCGAGGGGCAGCCGCUGCUGCUGCAGUGACUGGAAGGAGGCGGAAAAGCGUCGGAGACACAGGGCUGGUGAGUCCAGAGGUGGUGGCUGAUGAGGAUUCUUGCUCUUCCUCCACCCCGCUAUCGCCAUCCUCUUCGCCCCGCUCACUGGCUUCUGGCUCAGGCAGCUGCGGGUCCAGCAAAUGCAUCUGUAAUAGUUGUGGUCUAGAGAUUGUGGACAAAUACCUGCUGAAGGUAAAUGAUAUGUGCUGGCAUGUACGCUGCCUUUCCUGCAGUGUAUGUAGGACCUCUUUAGGAAGGCAUACCAGUUGCUAUAUCAAAGACAAAGACAUUUUCUGCAAACUAGAUUAUUUCAGACGCUAUGGAACCCGCUGUUCUCGCUGUGGUAGGCACAUCCAUUCUACUGACUGGGUUCGAAGAGCCAAGGGAAACGUGUAUCAUUUGGCCUGCUUUGCCUGUUUCUCUUGCAAAAGGCAGCUCUCGACAGGAGAGGAGUUUGCUUUGGUUGAAGAGAAAGUCCUCUGUAGGGUACAUUAUGAUUGCAUGUUGGACAACUUGAAAAGAGAAGUUGAAAACGGGAAUGGUAUUAGUGUAGAAGGUGCAUUAUUAACAGAGCAAGAUGUUAAUCAUCCCAAGCCAGCAAAAAGAGCUCGAACCAGUUUCACAGCAGAUCAGCUGCAGGUAAUGCAAGCACAGUUUGCUCAAGACAACAAUCCUGAUGCACAAACACUGCAAAAACUGGCAGAAAGAACAGGCUUGAGCAGGCGUGUGAUACAAGUAUGGUUUCAAAAUUGUAGAGCACGCCAUAAGAAACAUGUCAGCCCCAAUCACUCAUCCACUGCUCCUGUUACAACAGUCCAAGCUUCUAGACUUUCACCACCAAUGUUAGAAGAAAUGGCCUAUUCAGCAUAUGUGCCACAAGAUGGGACAAUGUUAACAGCUCUCCAUAGUUACAUGGAUGGUAGGUACAGUGGCUUGCUAUAACUACUCUGUGGACUUGAGAAGAUUGGGUGAAAUGAAUCCUUUAGCUCAGGGUUGGGCACCAUGCAACCCAUAGGCUGCCAAUUCUGCCUUUAUUUUGUGCCCAAUAUCAUGUUGUGAGAAACCCUAGCUUUUCCAGGGGGUUGUUUAAAAAAAAUAAUAAUUAAAAACUUCAUGACCUACUGUUGCAGAGAGACAUUUGAAAUGAGUAGCAAUAUCUGCUAUUGGCUCAGAAGGGAAAUGGGAGUUUUACAUAACAAUAUUUCUCCUCAAAAAUAAAUGCUUUAAAGUGUGCUACUAAUUUAUUAUUUCACUUUGUUAAAGGGGCGGAUUCUAAGGCUUCUUGCAUUAAGUUGAAAUUGCAUGGAAAGAAUGGAAUUAUGUGUAAUUAAUGUGGUUCUAUCCAUUUGCAAUGUAGAAUCACAGGCAUAAAUUCAGUGUAAAGAAUUAUUCUCCUCACCCACUAGUGGAAUUCUGAAUCCUAGACUUAAAAUAUGAUAGCAUCAUUUCCUACGUACCUUCUUGAAUUUUUCAUAUUACUUCUCCAAAGAUUCCAUUCAGGUCUGCAAUACACAAUAUUUGCCCUUAUUCUUAUAGUUAUCUAUCAAUAUGGGUGGUAUAAGAAUUCUUCAAAGAAAAGCGAGAUAAUUCGCAUGCAAAACUAGUUUUUUUAGAUAAUAGUUGGAUGAUUGAUAGUGAAGUUGCUCUCCCCAUGGCCUUUCACGGGUCUUCAUGAUAACAGUAGAACUUUAUUUGACCAUUUCUAAUAGGUUCUUAGGUAAAUGGGGCUAUGAGUAGGUAUUAAGCCAUAUUACAAUUAUUUUGCAAGUUCUAUUCCCAAAGAGUAUUUGGGAUUAUAAUCAACUCUAGCUCUGGAUUUGUCCAUAGCUAGAACUCUUUUUUUUUCUUCAAUACAAUGAGAGUGGGACUUUUCUUCUCCAGUAUAACCUUUUGUGCAUUAAAGAAAUAAUGAAAUGUUUAAGCACAGUUUCCACCUAUCACACUAUUUGAAUUUCACAUUUUUUGAGAAAAGGAGUCCAACACCUUCCCAAAAUGUUAAAAGAUAUUAUUUACAUAGCACUUAAAACACAGACAUACACUCCCUAAACUAAUCAUUCAUGUAGAUGAAAGAAAUAUAUACUAUUAAGGUACAUUGACCUAUUCUAGGCAUAUUUUGGUACCCAUGAUUGAUUAAAAAAGAACAUCUAGUUCUAACAAAAGCUGUGGCUUCUCCUUUUAGCUCAAAUAGCUAUCAUCAUUUAAAGUACUAUAUAUAUUUAUGACAAAAAUUUUCUUAGUUAUAGAUGUGUUCAGCAAGACGUUAAGCGAAGUUGCAAUAAAAUUCCUGCAACUUGCAGAACUGCAGGUAUAAACACAGUUCAUAUGGGAGAAGCAGGCAUCACUAAGGGUACGAACAUCUGGAAAACACUGUCUUUCUAGACACGACUCUUUCACAAGCUGUGAAAUGGGUACAGCUUGUUAGUAUCCCGGCCAUAUCAAUACAAUUGGUUUUUUUUUUUUUAUUCACAAGUAAUAUUUUUCUACUUCCAGCCAGGCUGAUCAAAAAUCUUUCUAUUUUUGUAGUUCAUUCACCUUCUGCUCUUGGACUCCAGCCUUUGCUAUCCCAUUCAGUGACACAAUUGCCAAUAAAUCACAGCUGAUUUAUUUAUUUCAGGGACAUGAGAUUAAGGAGAUACAUUCUGAGUCACCUAUUAUACUCUGUCAUUGAAAAUCAAUUUAAUCUUAAAUAGCAUCCAAAGUAUUUUGAAGACCAUUUUGUUGUCCAAGUAUGUAAGUAUAGAUGGCUUGCAGGACACUUUUAUGGCUUUCUCCAUAAAUACUGUAUGUUUACAAACUUUAUUGAAGAGAAACAUCUUCUUCUUUUUUUUGUAUUGUCUGGAAGUAGUCCAUUCUAGCUAUGUGUUUGUUAAUUUAUUUAUCAUCAAAAGAGCACUUUGCCUAAAAGACAGGACUGACAAUUGUGCAAAAUGUUUACAAUUCUUUGUGAAAUUAUAGUUCAUCAUUAGUUUGUAUCUGUAAAUUAUUGUUAUUAAAGUAUUACUUGUAUUUGAGUUACAUGCAGCCUAUACUUUAAAGCUUAUGUCCACAAAUUGGCAAAAUUUCAAUUGCCAACCUUAUCCAAUUGACCUAAAUAAAGCCUUCUGUUGUAGCAUGCCAAACAAAUAUGGCAAUGUGUUAAUGGUAUAAUUGUGAUUUUUUAAAAAAAUAAAGUACAGCAUGAUUUCACUAGUUGUAAGGAUAUAAGCAGAAAGCAUUCUCUGUAAUUGUUGACUCUGGAAAUCUCUAAAUUGAAGGGUAAUGAC